AUGGCCACACCUUAUUAUGAGGAGGAAGACAGAGGGGUUCAAGGGGAGAACACGGUCAGCCGGGCGGGGGGAGGGGCGGGGGGAGCCCGGCUCUGGUCAGCCCCACGGAGGCGGCAAGAGGCCCGACUGGUGGUCAUCCUGGAGGGAGCAGCGCUGGAGACAGUGAAGGUUGGGAAGACGUUUGAGCUGUUGAACUGCGACAAGCAUCGGUCACUCCUCCUGAAGCACGGCCGUGAUCCGGGCAGUGUCCGGCCGGACAUCGCGCACCAGAGUCUCCUGAUGCUGAUGGACAGCCCUCUGAACCGAGCCGGCAUCCUCCAGGUCUACAUCCACACCCAACGCAACGUUCUGAUCGAAAUCAACCCCCAGACGCGCAUCCCCCGCACCUUCGACCGGUUUUGUGGUCUGAUGGUCCAGCUGUUACACAAGCUGAGUGUUCGGGCAGCCGAUGGACCACAAAAACUCCUGAAGGUAAUUAAAAACCCGGUCACUGACCACCUUCCAGUCGGAUGUCGAAAGUUUGGCACAACAUUUAACACGGACGAAGUGGUGAGACUCCAUGACCUGGUUCCAAAGGAGGAAUCCGCGGUAUUUGUCGUCGGUGCUUUUGCACAUGGCUCGGUAAGACCCGUCUCUCACGCAGCCCUGUGUCAAUCUCCAAACAAAUCCCACU